AUGGCCAAGCUGAACAGAGUCAGCUCCUGGCUCGGUCUGCCUGAGGCUGCACUGUCCCGAGGCCCAAGGCCACCAGAGCCUGCGCCCAGGAGGCAAGCCUGCUCUCCGCCUCAGGCCACCCGGCUCCCGGCGGCGAGCGCAGCACACCGAACUCGGCCCUGCAAGCCUCCGCCCCGCUCCGCGGCCGCGCCCCCACGCCGCGCCGCUCCCCAGGCCCGCCCCCCGCCGGGUGGGCGGCGCAGCGGGGCCUCGGCGCCGCGAGGACCCCCGCGCCAGAACAAAGGAAUGCGGGAGGGGCUGAGGAGGCGCGCGGGCCACCGCGAGGCGCGUCCAGUCGCUGCCCAAGGGGAGCGCCUUGGGUCGAGGUCUCUGCCUGCCACUGCCAGGCGCGUGCCUGGUCUCCCGGACCAGCGAGGGGUGCAAGGACGCAAGAUGAAAGGUGGAGCUGCAAAGUCCCCCCAGCCCCCGCCUCUGCAGGCUUGGGUCUCCCAGCCCAGCACGCAAAGUGGCUGGCCCGGAUUGGGGACUAGCGCGGUGAGACCCCGGAGAGCAGGGCACGUCGUCUGGCUGCUAAAAGGAUCGGCCUCCACUCCGCCUCCACGGCGCGCUCUUCGCCACCGAAACAUCAAUUUUCCUGAAAUCCGGAGACAUUAUGCAAUAGCGGGGAGGAGGAGGGAGAGCGCGGCAGCCCGGGCUACGUGCGGGCGCCAGGGCGCUGCAAUCAAAGCAGCUACCUUAAGGUGGCGAGUCCCCCCUCCUGCCAAGGCAGCAAAAGUUUAUGUAAUGCAUGCCCCGCGCAUACUCGCCGCCUCCCGCCAGCCCUGCGCCGCGCCCGCACGCAUCCCGCGCCCUACGCCCGCCGGCCGCGCGCUCCAAGAGCGGGCACGGAGCAGAGCUGGGCCCCCGGGGCCGCCGGUGGGCGGAGCGCUUACCGUGGUUCUGAUCCUUAGUCCGUGA